GUUUACAACUAGCCUCGCGUUGCGAUAGCAGGGACGUGGCACAAAGAAGACAUGGACCUGUCUGCUGUCAUAAAGGAGAAUCUGACAUGCACCAUCUGUCAAGACAUCUAUACGGACCCCAGAAGCCUCCCGUGUCAACACGCAUUCUGUUACGAAUGUCUGAACAAGCACAUUAUUGUCACUGUUAAAGAAAAAAGAAGCUUCAAAUGCCCACUUUGCCGAAAAUCAACACGACCAAAAAAUCCAAACAAAAGAAAAGAGACCUGGGCUAAUCAAUUCAAACACGAUUUCAAGCUGACAAAUAUACUUGAGGGUUUGCAACCAUAUGUCCCUGAGGCCACUUCCGGGAGUGGAGCAGUUGCUGGGACAUCAACAGCAGCAGCAUCUUCAGCAGCAGCUUCAGUGGCAUCACCCUCGGACAUGCCAACUUCCAAGAUGCCCAGACCCAAAAUGCCACCUUUACCCCAGCUGAGGCAGGAACCACGGCAAGUGCCAAUUGGAACAAUUCAGAAUAAUGCCCAUACCGAAAGUAACGAACAGAGUCAACAUCAUGAUAUCCAGAGUAGCUCCAUACUGCACACAGAUGAUGCAAGCGACUUGCAAGAAGCCAGUUGUGACAAUAGCAGCCGUGCAAUUUUGGGAUCCGUUGAGACAUGUAUCCCCCUUGCUGCUGGGGAUCAGGUUAGCUAUGACCUCACGGUUCUUGUUCAGGGCAAGAAGAGAAUAAUACUGACCCCUCAUUUCGAGGCGAAGAAACUUCUUGCUAUUACACUUAAUCCAAAAAUGGAAGAGGUCAGCAGAUGUCCCCUUGACCUUGAUGCAACACCUAGUCGCAUAUGCAAGAUCGACAACAACGUAGUGGCCAUAACAACGUCAUAUCCAAAUACAAUUGCACUCUAUAGAAUGGAGGGUGAGCUUCUCUUUCAAAAUCGAAUUAAAACGAAGAAAAGCUAUGAUGGAAUUGCAUGUUUGGAAGAUGGGCUAUUUGUAGUGACAAAUCUAACAGAUGUUGACUUCAUUGACUAUGAUGGUAAAGUACUGGCCGAGCACAAAAUCACAAUGCCCAAUGUGUUGAGACCAGACAAUUGUUAUGUCUCUGUCACUCCAGGUGGGGAAAUAAUCACCACUGAUAUUUCUGGAAAUACCCUGUCAUGUAUUAAACGGAACGGUAAAUUGUUUUGGCAGAAGAAGAAGAAGAGGAAGAGUUAUGAAAACCCAAUGGGAACUGCUGUCGACUCCAGUGGUGCCAUUUUCUUGGCUGAACAAAACUUCGAAAUAAUUUUGCAGCUGGACAAAAUGGGUUCAGUGGUUGGUAACGUUGUGGAGAAAUCAGAGCGAUUCAGAAAGCCGUCAGCCAUUGCUUUAGACAACACAGGGUACAUGUUUGUGAUUUGUGACUAUAACUUUGUUGCUGUUGUGAAGCUAUCAGAUCAUAAUUCGUAGAAAAAACAUGGUUAUUCAUACUCUGCAUCACAACAUUGAUUAUGGUACUCUUUUCGCUGUGCAUGCUUAGGCAGCAGAGAAGCUGAAUUGAAACUUUCCUUUGAUACGUUCGAACAGAUUCAUUGAUGGUGAAAGUCAUUUGACCAAGGAUACACUCAAUAAACUUGAGACACUUCAACGACGCUUAAACAGUAUUUCAGUUAUUGCACGGGUGUCGGCUUAAUGUUGCAGGAAACAUCGAAGUGAAGCAAAUGACCAUCGUGGUCGAUACGCCUGGGAUCAAAUCAGGGCGAACCAAUGUCCAUUUCAAAAGAAUCCAACUAUACACACGAUUGGCGACGCCGAUGACGACUUAGCCAUCAGACAGAUGCUGACAGCGCUGAUCCGACACAAUCAGCAUUGCAUGCUCUACGAAGUUGUUUUUAAUUAUUUUGUCAUGGAUGAAGCAAACUGUGAUGUAAGCUAAGUGUGUAUUUUAUGCACUACCCUUGUACAUAUAUUUAUGAGCUGACGCAUAGGUCGGAGUUGGACGGUUGAGAAGAUUGUCACCUUCUUAUUCAACACUUAAUCUGUAAGUGUUAACAUUGUAACUGUAUGAAAUAUAUUACUUCAUGUAGAUCCUAAUAACAAUCCGGAGAUUCAGCAGGACAUAUUCGCGCGGCUCAGAGGUUAUGUUAGGACUCCCCUAAUCAUGUUGCAUAUGAUGUUAGAGCAGGUAUUCCUCUCAUUGUGUAUAUGUUAUUUAGGAGAUAAACCCACUGUGUUUUGGAAUUUGAUGUAGUCCCACUGUAGAGUAGAUACCUCUUGUUAGCUUAAGUGCGGUGUUUCAAAUGUAUAAAUAAGAGGUAUCUACUCAACAGUUGGACAACAUCAAAUUUCGAAACACAGUAGGUUUAUCUCCAUUCUACCAUGACGGCAACAGCGCUUUGAAAACGGUGCUCUCAUUCAACGCGUAAACAGGGUACAAAGGUCCGCAAUCUUAGAACAUUCCGAAAAAUAGCCACAGGUAGUAAUAUAUGUAACAAAUAUUACUUAAGUUCAACAUUAAAAUACCCAUAGUCGACGUCUUGAGUAGUUCAAAAUAUGUGUUCAAAACACAUAGUUUUUUCAAAAAGAAGUUGACAAAUAACCUCCAAACUUAGUUCAAAGAUAGAUGUUUUAAUUUUAUCGCAACCUGCUGUGCACUGUUUGGACUCACCAAGUCAUUUCUUGGAAAUCAGCGAGGGACGUCACUUCUUGGAAAUCGAACAUACCAUUUCCAUUGUAGGUUUGAAAACAUUUCUCCAACAAACGUUAUGAAUUAACUUUCUACUAUUUAUUUUACAUGUGUAAAUAUUAUUAGUUAGUUUGCAAUUACCCCAAGUAAAUAUUUAAAAAGAUUCAAAAUAAAUGCCUCGAUCAACCCCCGAACUUGGAUGUGGCAGAACUUGACCUACACCACGGUUACUCACUCCUCACAAAAGUCAAUGGCUGACAAGGUUGUGUUUACAUUUUCCUUGCCUCAGACAAGUUACACGAAGCAAAAUGACAGCCCCGAUCUAUGCCGUGAUUCAACAUUAACCUGUAGAUUUACUUGGAGUGAACAUGCUGGUACAAUAUGAUUACCAAUGGAACUGAGUAUUACCAAAGAGCCGCUUAUAAGGCCAACGGGAUAUUUUGACCCAAGGAAUCUGCAUGAUUUGACCGGCCAAUUUCAAGAUUUCAAGAUUCAAAGCCAGCGUGUGAAAGCAGUGAGAUAUUUUUGGCCCAGAAAUAGUGGGGCGUGUUCUAAAUGAAUUUCAUCAAGUUUGAUAAGCUGUGAUUUGAGUGAUGUUGGGACAUUGUUUUCGAAGGGAGGAUUGUUUUCUGAUGGACUUUCAAAUCCCCUCCUGUCAAUUCCUUACCGUGGUGGUUGACAAUGCAUAUCGAUCACAAAAAGGUUUGUAAACAACAUGUUGUCAUGAAUAAAGUAUAUUUUAACCCA